CGUAAGUAUGUUAAAUUUUUCAUUCCAAAAUAUUGAUGAAAAGCGCUUUUUGUUGUGAUCGAACGAGUCGAAGCGAAAUUUUUUUUAUGCGCAUAAACACACUGUAAACUUUUUCCAUUCCUUGUAAUUUGGUUCACGCAGUUUUACCGCCCACUCUGGUGUUCCUAUUCCACCCGCAAUGUUAGUUAUGAUUUGGUGUUUAAUACACAACUACCACUUACUGUUGCUUCGCAUAUGGUACUUGUACAAUGUGCCACGCAUACAAACAAACAUCCCGUAAUUUAUACGAAUAAUACUUAAGGUGUAUCACUUUUCCGUGUUAGAGAAAAAGCGCAAGCAACAUGAAUGUUACGGUGAGUAUGAUGGCUGCCGACCUAUUCGGGUGGCCCGAGCCCAAUGCGCCAAUGACUUUGACGUCGCAGCCACAACGGAUACUCAGGCAGAAAACGUUAGCACGCUAAUAGGCGCUCACGUCUGCACGCAUAUAGCGCAUUAGUAGAACAUCGCUGGCACAACAAAUGCAGCAGCCAGCUAAAUAGUCUAAAGCAGUAAUCAACAAGAGUCACCUAACACAUUCAACAGUAUUCAUUGAUAUCAAGUUAAAAUAUUACACAAUGUCAAUUAAGUGAAAAACUAAAACAUUUUAUGAAUGUUAAAUGUUGACAAAAAGCAAACAAACACUGAAAUCGAAAUAAAAGUGAUCAUUUAAAAAAUAAUUAUAACUAUAAAAUACAAAAUUGGUCUUAAAAACGAAACUAUUCCCCUCCAGCUGUAAAAGUGACAAAAUAACAAAAUUGAAUCGGGUGUUUCGGGUAAAUAAAAAGAUUGAAGACGAAAAUACAUCAAUUCAUAAUAUAAUUAAUAAUAGUUUAGAGCAGUAUCAAUUAUUGAAGCGCAUUUAAUGCUCCAGCUACUGGAAUCAACAGCACUGAAGUGAACUGGCCAAAUACUUAGAGUUCCUUAUACCAAGAAAACAAAAUGUGGGCAACCGAUUGGACAGAGUGUGUGCAUGCAGCAUGUGGAUACACCGCCAAUGUUUUCAUCUCAUGGCAAAGGGUAUACUGCCUCUGGAAUCUGUACAUGUAUGCGUGACGUCAACAACGUCGAUAUAAUGAUGAACUUAAAUACUUGACACCCACAUACUACCCACAUAAUUGCGUACGUGAUGAAGAAGACAAAACAACCAGAUGAAGCUGUGUAAGUGUUAUCCGAGAGAUAAGCGUGGCAAACGGAAAGCAGAUAUGAUUUCUCCUAACGCAUAACAUACAGUGUUCUUGCUGUGCGGAGAAACCGUUCAGCUUAUAGCGACGUGAACAACAGUUCGGGAUUACUCUUCAGCCGAAGCGUGGACGAACGUUUUUCGCCAAAUAUCAUAAAAAGCUGCAUUGAGCGACUGAUCAGAGCUUCUGAGGGUGACAAAAAUAAAUUUAUAUUGGGAUGGUGUCUUUUCAUAUCAAAAAUAUUCCGCUAUGGCGGCACCUGCUAUUGUUUUUCGUAUCCAGUAUCUUUCAAUUCAACCACCUAUGGCGCGGGGCUGAGGCCGGGUCCAUAAAAUACAUUCAUGGACCACUAGUAUCGGCACUAAGUGCGCGGUCUCUAGAUUAUGGCACGCCGACGAAAGUGGCAGCUAGUUCGCCGGGAGUGCUUGGAGUAGACUCUAAUAAUGCUGGUCUUGGAACGGCAGUAAAUAGUGCAGCCACAUCUGCCGCUUCUCUCGGUAGCACGGCCGACACAGGCGGCGAAAUUGUCGUACCAAAAACAUUUCCUUUGAGCGCACAAGAACCAACGUGCGAACAAUUACGUGCAAUGUGGAUCUUUUCCAAGAGACAAUCCAGAGCCGCAGAAAUUACAAAUGAAAUUCCAACCUAUCGCGAUCCAUUUGCUUACAAUAUUUGGGAACCAUAUUAUUCAACUACUCGCAACAUGGGAGGAGGUGUGCGUAUGUUGCCGCGAUACAACGACAGAUCUCGGUCACCAGUUUUCGGUAGAGUGAUUAGUAGAGAGCCCAUUAUACCCCAACGUGUAAAUAUCGGCCAUCGUCAGCGGCAUUACAGUGUUGACGGAAGUAACUUUGGUGGUCCGUCUUCUCGCGUCUACGGAGCUGAAACGAAAGGAGCACCUUCUUAUCAAAGUGGUGAUGGUAGCUCUCGCCGUCCGUCAAAAUAUCGUCACGUGGGUUCUAAUAAUGCAGUAACUAGUGCGGCCAAUGGAGGAAACCCGAACUCUGUGAAUGUACAAGGAAGCUUCCAACGUUUAAAAGAACUGAUUUGGACUGAGCGCGCUAAAGAGCUGACGCAACAGCGUAGGGCAGAGGAGUUGGCCGCACGAGCCGCCGUCCUGAAAGAGAUCGCAAAUGGUCAAAAUAUUCAAUCCUCGUACAAACAUUCUUCGAAAUCGGAAUCGCCGUUAAUGGAUGAAAAUCGGAGCCCUGAUCGAGAUAUAUAUCAGAAUUUGAAUGAUGAUCGCAUGUCUAUUACCACAGGCCAAGCGCGCUAUAUUGAGAACAAUUAUAGUAAUAAAAAAAACGCUAAUGCAUAUUCUAGCAACAGUAGCAAUAAUGACAAUAAUAGCCGUAAAAACGCAAAAUCUAAUUAUAAAGGAAACGGUAGAAUAGGCAACAGCAACGAAGGUGUUAAAGAUGUUAGACCUUUUAUGGCAUCAGGAGGAGCAGGAACGUCCUCUAUACGCAGCUUUAUGACAACAAAUAAAAAUCGAAACAUCAAAAAUAAUGAUAAACAAAAAUCUUUUUCAUUACCGCCAAAUGGCAGCAGUGGAGCCGCUAAAAGCUUUGCGCAUAGCAGUACUUACUUCGACGACGAACAGAGUAUAGGAAUACCCAGAUCAUAUCCAAUGCGUCCAUCACAUUUUCGCGAGCGAAAUCGAGUAUUAUUUAGAGAGGAUAUCCCAAUAGAAAGAAGUUCGGACACUUCCUUUUCUCGAAAGACGCGUACGCAAUUUCAGUCGCAGAUGCCCAGCAAAAAUGCUAUGCUUUUAGAGCGCAUGAUACAGGACCUUAAUGAACAUACCUUUUUGCCAGAGAUUGCAUCAGAAUAUUUUCAGGCUGAUAUAACUGGAAAUGAUGGCACUGAAACUGAAAAGGUGUCAGAGGCGGAAGAUUCAAACUUUGACGAUACUAACAGCGCCACUGCCGCAAAUAUUAUUAAUGUGGGAAAUGAGCCAGAUACCUUUGGGAUUACUGCGACGAAAAAUAAAGGAUGGGAUGAACUAAACAACCCGGUAGAAAAUGGAUUUGUAAAUAAUGUCAACCCACCAUUAAUUCAUACAGGAAAAAUUACAAAUGAUCCUGCGGAGUUGUACAACUACUUUAAUAUUUACUAAUUUCUUGAAACAACAGCUACACGUUCUGUGCGUAACAAGCACACAACAUAGUGAAUUAGGGCCAUAACAUUAAUUAUCUGAAUGGCAAAUUAAACCUAUUGCACAACUCUCUUGAGUAUAAAAAACAAUUUGAUUAAAUCGAAAACAAUACAUAAAUACAAAUAUAAGCAUAUUCUACUCGUACAUUAAAUUUCCAGCAAAAGCAGCAGCUAACCAUCUAUAUAAGUAUACGGACCUGUCAUAUCAAAUGAACAAAUUACAAGUUAAAUAUAAUGCUCUAGCGUAAGCACACAAGGAUCGCUGGAUUUUAUCAUCAACAUGCCUACGUAUACAAAUAUGUUAUUACAGAGCUGAAAGCCCACAUAUAACCGAACAAAAGUACUGGAACUGUUUGCGAUGACAACAAUCAAUAUGGUAGGAAUGAGCCCUUCCUAUAACCGAUUUCAUAACGAACUGGAAUCCAAUAUAAUAUCAUACAUACACAGUACUUUCAUUCAUAAAUAGAUUUAACUCAUUAACAAUUAACCCAAAGAUAUCACUUUGUUAUGCUUUCGAUAAAUGCAUAUCAAUACAACCUUGUUCUAGCCAGCACGGGCAUAUCAAAGUUAUCAUAAUUAUAUAACCUUACAAAGUUUGAUAAAUUUUUUACUGGUAGCUCUAUAUAUACAUAUUCAUAUAUAAAUACAUAUAUUUUCGUUAUAAAUACUAUGUUGUCAUAAUUAUUAUUAAAUAAUAUCGAUAUUAUAUAUUGACUUUAAUGUAAUGUAAUACAUAGGGCAAUAACACCUACACAUAUACAUAAACUGUUGUGACACUAAUAUAAAACUGCAGCAUUUGAAACAUGUAUUUUUAACCAAAAUCGAGACAAAUUUAUUUCAAAUCCAUGACAAUAUAAUAAAUUAGAUGUGUUUUAUCGAUUAUCACAUAUUAUAUAUGUAGAUACAGUUCUGCGUAAGUGAAUAAGAAAUAAUCGUUUAAAAAUUAUAUGGUUCAAUAUUUUAUUAUUAAGUUCGUAGUGUUUUGUUGGUUUAUCUACGGUUCGGUGAUUUUUACACAAAACCUGUCUAUCAAUAUGAGUGGAAAUUAAACAAUGACAAUAAUAGCAAUGACAAUGUUUAGGCGCAAGAUUUAGAACACUAUUAAACAAAUUAUUAAUUAAAAAAAAUAUAUAUAAUAAUAACAUUUAUAAUAACUUAUUCAAUUUAAUUGUGAACCACGACAUAAGACAAUAAUUAAAUUUAAAUGAGAAUACUUAGAUAAUUAAACUGUCAAUUCUAAAUUUAAAUAAUAAUGAACAUCAGAAGAUAUGUAUAUAUUCAUAUAUGUAUUUAUACAGAGGUAGUCAAAAUUAUAUACACAUCGGACGUUUUUUACAAGUUUCACACAAAAAGCUUUCGCCUGUUGUUGUUGUUGUCGCAGGAUAAUAAAAUGCUAUGUUGUUGUAAACCUUGAUCUAUUUCUGAGAGAAUGAAGUCAAUUUGGAAAGAUCCGCUAGAAUUGUGGCGGAGAAAUAAGUAAAUUAUUAUCCUAUUGUAAAAUGUAUUCAAUAGUUAGAAAAGGCCAACGGACCACUAGAAUGGCAUGGUGAUGUGAAUUAUGAUAUAUCCGGAUGAUUUAGGGGCCCUAAAUUAGUACCAAAUCUUCAAAACAGAAGUAAGGAAAAUUUCCAAAAAAUUUUCAAAAAAAUCAUAAUGUCACUCCCGACUCUAUUUAGCGUCUAAACUGCAUUAUUCUUCUUUUCACAUGGUAAAUGCAUAAAGCGUUUACUAAAGAAGCCCUGGAACUAAAAUUUAGCCUUAUCUGCCCACGAUAGGCUUUAGGAUGCAAUCAAUGGCAAAUGAGAGGCAUAUCGCUUUUUUGGUUUCGGAAAUAAAGCUUUCAUGGUUUCGGAAGUGGUCAACUUUAUGCACAACGUAGUUAUUUAUGUUACUAUUUAUGUUAUUAUUUAAAUGGCCUUAACAGUGUAGCAUCAUUGACUGUUCAUGCAAUAUGCUGAUUUGAUGCUGCUGCAAUAUUAACAGGAUUAAUUGUGGGAGGCUAAAUCGCGAUGUGUAAAUACUUUUGACGAAAAAAAAGUGUGUAAAUACUUUUGACUACUGCUAGUCUUCAGUUCAUUUGCGUAUUUCUCCGCCAUAGUUCUAGCAAUUCUAGCCAAACUGACUGCAAUCGCUCAGGAAUAGAUCAAGGUUUCCAACAAUAUAGCAUUUUGUUACCCUGCGACAACAACAAGAGAAAGCUUUUUGUGCGAAACUUGUAAAAAAACGUUCGAUGUGUAAAUAAUUUUUACUACCUCUGUACAUAUACUUACUCUUAAUGAAAAAUAUCAGGGGAGA